GUUUUUUAUUCGCAUUAAGUUUUUAAUCUAUUGCUUAUCAUAACAAUAAAUUGAUUCAUAUAUUAAUUAAUUCUCAUGUUAUUGUUGAAAGAAAAAUGUAAUUAUGAAAAUCUCUAAUCAUGUAAUUAUGAAUAUGUAAAUUAACACAAACCAAAAUAUUACGUUGCAAAUAAACAAUAUUAUUAUUAAUUUUAUUUACUUAACUAAUAGCAGUAUUGAAGCAUCUUUUGAAUCGUCCAAUAUUUUCCCCUACCCUCAUGAGCUAAAAGAUUUCAGGACAUCUUUUAGCUCAUGAGAAUAAUGGAGCGCAAGAAACUCACAGUAUUUAACAGAAGUAGCUACAUUUACAAAAAAAAAACAUGUCGCUACCAAUACCACCAGUCACACACACAGUUAAUAUGGUUGUGAUUUUCUAAACAUAUACCAAAAUAACAACUUAUUUACUACAUUUAAUUGAUAACUGAUAACGAUCACGUUCGACCCAAGAUCUGUCAGUUACGAUUUUACGCUGUUGCGUACUCUCGUAAUUAUAUUCAAAUGAGCCUGGUGGUCACUCAGUGUGCGAAGAUUUUUCUCAUUUGUGAUUCAGUGUUCGAGUCGUGCUGCCGAUCUAACUAUAGUGCCGUAUAAAUAGUGAGCUUCACUGUAUGGACGCCGGGAAAACGUGUGCGAGUUCAAUCAUGUACACCAAACAUUGUAGUUAACACGAACUGUAGCUAUCAAAGGAAAAUUUUCACACGCGCCUCGAACGAAGUAUCAAAUUAUACGCAUACUAUGAACGCCUGACGCACUUUACAUAAUGACAUUGUCGAAUGGCAUUGAUGACUUUCUAGGAACAAAGACUGAUAUAUUUGAUGAUUCCAACUGGGAAACGUUAUAUUGUUCUCAUCUAUGGUCGAAUAGCCAUUUGAGAAAAGCAAUUUUAGGAGCACCAUGUUCCAAUAAAAGAGUUGUUAAAUAUUGCUACACCUGUAAAGGAAAGAUAAGAAGAUAUGAAAUUCAACCUUCCGAUGAUAGUUUUCUACCAAAUAAUCAUUCUACUCCAACACGAAGUAUACAAACGGGAAAUCCUGGACUGCCUUUAACCAUCUCCCAAGAAAGUUCUCUAAACGUUAUAUCUUUAGACCUUUCAGGUGAUAAAUUAGUAUCAAAAGGCAAUAAUACUUCCAGAAAUGUUGAUGAUAACCCAAGCAUUCCAACAAUAUCGCGUCAAGUUGAUUCUAGUUUUCGCCAAAAGUUUACUUCCUAUGAUAUGCGUACCAAUGAAAUUAACCAAAGGAGACUGAGAAAAAGCCUUAAAGGCAUCGGAUGUAUAGUUAAUUUAGCACUUAAUGAUAAUGCCGUAAAGAAAAGAACGCAGAUACAGGCGUGCUCAAUAAGUGUAAUGAUAUUAGCAAUUAUAGUAAUAAGCUUUGUUCUAGUAAAUUUUACCAAUCCUAAUUAUACACGUGCAACGAGUAUAGAAAGUACAACGGUAGUGCCAACUAAAAUUACAGAUUCAAAUGAAACAUCAUCAGCAAUUAUUAAUUUAACUACAAGACCCGCAAUUGCAACAACAUUGAGUGUAACAGAUAUUACUGAAACUGUAAAAGCAGAAACGAUAACUGAAGAAAACUCGUCACUAAUCGUAAGUGUGAUUUCUAAGAUCCGUAAAAAUGUCCGAACUUUUCCAAAAGACAUAAAAAAAGAAAGUUUAAAGCCGAAGGAGAUCAUAAAUAGAGAUGUAUCACAAAGAUUUUGCUCGUGCCAAACAAAUGAAGUUUGUAUGUUAGAUGAGAAUAGUGGUACUUCGAUUUGCCGCAAGGCGAUAGAUAAUGAAGAUCCAACAGGUUGUGGAGGACUAUGUGCUAUCGAGACAGAAGCUUGCCAAUUAGUCGAUCGACUGCGCGGUGUACGCGUUUGUAGACUUUUGUCUUUGGUGACAUGUUCGCCGCAGGAGUGGCGUUGUCGGAAUGGUCUCUGUGUGAAAGCUGAUCAACGAUGUGACGGUUCCAUUCAGUGUUAUGAUCGUUCCGAUGAAAUGCACUGUGAUUGUGAUUUAACGAAACAAUUUCGGUGUGGUCAUUCCAUAUCGUGUUUUUCGAAUACAAAACUUUGUGACGGUAUCAUUGACUGCUGGGAUGGGUUCGACGAAUUAAAUUGUACUUCCGAGUGUCCAGGAGACCAGUUCACUUGCACAAACGGACAAUGCAUAAUAUCAUCAAGGUUCUGCGACAAUCUGGCUGACUGCAUGGACGGCAGCGAUGAGCCUCACGGCUGUGAUGGAGGAUGCAGCGCCCAAGAGUUACGAUGCGCUAACAGCCGAUGUGUGCCGCGAGCGGCGCGGUGUGACGGCCGCGACCACUGCGGUGACUCUAGUGAUGAGCUACACUGUUCCUAGUACCUACUUUUAGUAAACUAAGUUUUGGAGUAAAGUUUAUUGUGAUUAUGAACAUUCAGCUAAUAUAAUUUGUGUUUGACGUAAAUAAUGUGAUUGAUAGUCGGUCAUGCCAUGACUUGCGCUAUUGUGAUUGUGAAGUGUACUGCUAAUAAUAGGUCCUAGCACUUCCACUUUGCCGCGGUAUUUGAGAUUUUUUAAAUAGGAAAAUAUGCUGCCUUGCCCUUACCGUACUUUUUUUUUGUCUGGGAAAUGCCUUACGAAUCCUUCAACCACUGGGCGAGCGAAAAAGAAGGUAUGUGGGCCUCCUCCCUGUCCCCUUCAGCCAGCCCUGGAGCUCGCUCAAGUGAACAGGGCACUACCUACGCCCUGAACAGGGCCACUAGAAACUAGACAAUACUCCUGCACCGUCACCCGACACGCGCUAUGAGGACCGCGGUCCCCCUAGAGCAUGCCGAGAGGGCGGGUGUGGUCGCGGCACCCACCUCUGAAUGGCCGCGCACCCGCCAGGUGUGCCCGUACCGUACCUGCCACUCUACGCCACGCCACUGAGUGUGUUUAUUAACUCUAACUGCUGGCUGCAAUUUUGAAGACUUUACUAUUGCAGACGAACACAGUAACUUUACAUCAAUUCAAAAUUUGUAAAAUCGACUCUACUCAAAGUUAAGCUUCAACUGUUAAAAAUAAACAGAUUAGUAUUGUAUAUUUAUUAUAAUGUGCUAUAAUUGUUUUUGUACGAGUAACUCUUUGCAAAAUUUUAGUUCCUAUUCUUAAUCUAGGUAGGUAGUAAAAUAUUGCAAGAAAGUUAGAGUUCGAAAAAAAAUUCCUAGGCAUUUAUAAUCAUUUUUUUGCCCCUCAUUCCAAGAUUAUAGUUAUAAAUAAAGUAUAGGAGUGAAAUAGGAUAUGGUAGCAUAGGUACAUUUAUGGAUCGACGAUCAGAGGCCCAAACACGGACUUUGACAGAUCCGUAACGUACAGUUAUAGUCAAACUUUGUAUGGAAGGAACCAAAAGAACGAACAAUGAGAUUUAAUAAUACUUAGUUUAAUGUAUUUGCCUGGAACAAUGUCUAGUAGUAGUAUCAGUAGAACCUAAACAGUUCCACAACUACGAGAAAUAGUAAUAUAAAAUUCCGAUAAAGAUUUAUUUAGGUGCUUACUCAAAGUGUUAUGAUUCCCAUUCGUAGGUUGGCCAAGUGGCCUGGGCAACUGAAAUCCAUUCGUGCGUUCGUUGGGCCCGGCCGCCCGGUGUGUACCCACCAUUAUAAAAAAGUUUAUCAAUGAUUCCUGCCUUACCUACUGUCCAUAAGUCAAUUCAUUGUAAUUUAAGUACAUUAUAAUGAUUUAGGGCAUAUACAUUGUAUCUAUCUAAGUAAGUAUAAGAAAUAUAUUUUAUUGGUUUGCUCAUGAAUAUCAUAAAUAAUUUGUGUGGAAUACCGUCCAGAUGUUUUAACUGUUGUGGUCAGUGUGUUCCACCUGCAAUUGUUGAGAGUUAAGCAACUUUCACAGAGGCUGGUAACUGAAUGGGUGAUUAAAAGUUGUCCGUUUAGCGUUUCAGCUAUAAUAGCAACCGUUAGCACCACCGAAAUAAAUUUAUUUCUGUCGUUUGUCAACGACAGAAAUUGGUGUCCCAAGAACCAACCCCAAUUUCCACUGGGCUCGGCGUAAUAGGCUUUGGGCCUUUUCCUGUAUGUUUUGCUGAAGUAGGCCUAUAAUAUUCCAGUGUAUGUCCAUCAGAAAGGACGAUAAUAGGUACUAAUAAUGAAAAUUAUUUAUAGAUCGAGAAUUUUACUAGAUUAUUUCAUUGGUCUAGCUGAUAAUGCUUUAUACAAAAAUAUAAAUUAUUUAUAGAUUUAUUUUAAUACCUGCCUUUGGACAUUCGUCGUUUCACGCGUAUAGAAUCUUUGAGCGAGCGGUAUGAAGUGUACAGAAAGACAGCAGUGAAUACUUGCUCAGUGGACAGGAGAAACAGAAUAUUGUCUUUUUUUUAUAUUCGAGUACUUACGAGUAAACGUGUGAGUCGUGUAAAAGCAGCAAACAAUCCCGAAAUUAUAACCAAAGAUUAUCAUUAAAUUAUUAGUAUUAAUUAAGUAGGUACCUAGAUAUUAUUAUUUUACCAGAAAAAUAAAACAAGUAAAAUUUUUUAAUAGUUUUAUUUUAAAAAGCUCCUAUCAUUUUCAUAAUAUUAACCCCCAAAAACAAUCGUAAAUAAGAGAGACAAAAUGGUUGGUUGGGGCCACCAUGAGGCAAAUACUAAAAGGCAUUGUAAACUAGUUAUUGAGUGAAUUGGCCAAAAUAUAAUAAUAAGUGUCACAUAAGACGGGAAAAAAUCUCCCAUCUGCGAGCCAUUUUGGUCUGCACUGCAUAAACAAUAAAAGUUACAUGAAUGUAAUGUAGAGUGAAAAUGUAUCUGAUCUCUUAAAUAGUUUUAAAAAAAAGCCCGUGACAUCAUAUAUCUAUUUUUAAUGUGUAAACCAUUACCGCUAAAAUAGUGAAUCAAACUAAAAUAUUAUUUGAUAUCUAUUUCCAAAAUGUACAUUUUGUAUUAACUUUUCUUUAUGAUGACUAUGACACGUUUAUAUCUUUCCAUUGUGAACUUUAAGGUGUAAGUUACAAAGUUACCAUACGAAAAUAGGAAAAAAUAAUGUUUAAGGGUUAAUAUUUUUUUUUAAUUUUGGGCCAAUGUUGGCCUUAGAAGAGGGUUACUUUAGCUCGUUGAGUUUUCUCGGCGAAAAAAACACAUUUUAAGCCAUGUUGGGGUUAAGUAACCCUUAUAACGGGUCACCAUUCGCAUACUUAAUACAAAAAUGGAUGUUUUUUCCCAAAAAUAAUUUUAGUUAAAUAAUAAAAAAAACGAAUUUAUUUUUAUUAAUCAAACGUGAAACGAAACAUUGACAGUAAAGCUAAAUAAAAUAUUUAUACUUUGGUAAGUAAUUAAAUUAACUUUACAACAGGAACUUUGUAGAAACAUAAUAAAAUUGUAACAUAACAAUUAUUUUUCUUCAGUGCCGCUUGUUAUAUUACUGCCGCUUGUUGAUGAAGAUAGGGUACGUUUUGGUUGCUUUUUCGUCUGUUUUUUAUUUUAUUGUUUUGCAAACCGGAUGGCCCUGCUUCUAUCAGAUCAGCAACGCAGAUGGAUUGCCAGCAAGAACAUAAAGUUUAAAGAAAAUAUAACUAGAAAAAAUUCCACGCGGACCAGGCAGCAGACG